CACCUAGGGUUUCUUUCUCUCUCUCUCACUCUCUCUCACACACACACACACACACACACACACACACACACAGAGAAAUGGCGGAGGAAGCUUCUAGUACUGGAGCAGCAUGUUGGAGCAACAUAGUGAAGCAGAAAGCGGUAGCACCGAAGCAAGUCCUGCACGGCGUGAGUGCGGCGGCUGAUGGAGUGGUGGUGGAGAGCUGCAAGUCGACGAAAGGCAUCGCCGUGGCAGUGGUGGAUGCCAACGCCAUCAUACAAGGCGGAGAGAGGCUGUCCAACUGCGCCGACAAGUUUGUAUCCGUCUCCGAAGUCAUAGACGAGGUCCGAGACCCCUUGUCCCGUCACCGCCUCAAUUUCGUCCCUUUCACCGUCGACACCAUUGACCCCUCUCCCGAUUCCCUCAAAAAAGUUAUCAGCUUCGCGAGGGCAACUGGUGACUUACAGACACUUUCAGAUGUUGAUCUGAAGCUCAUUGCUUUGACGUAUACAUUGGAAGCUCAGAUCCAUGGUACUAAACAUCUCAGAGACAUCCCUCCCCCUAUUCACACGGUUAAUGUGAGACGACUUCCUGAGAAAGACUUGCCUGGGUGGGGUUCCAAUGUUCCAAAUUUGGAAGAGUGGGAAGCAUUGGAGCAUGAAUCUGAGGAUAAAUCAAACCCUAAUUCAAGAAUCCUCCCAUUGCAAGACCUAAACUUGAAGGCCAUCCCUACAGCUCACCAUCAUAGUACUGAAGAUGGGUCAAUGGGAAAUGAAGGGGAAACUCAUGUUGGAAAUCAGGAGGAUGCCAAUGGCAGUUUUAGUAAACCCAGGAAAUAUUUACCUAAGAAGAAAGAGAUAAGCAUUGAAGGGAAGAAGAUGGUAGCCGAUGGAAUUGAUGCAUCUCAGGGACAAUUUGAUGAUAAUGCUGGUGAUUGGUUGCCAGCUGUCAGUAAAAGUACUCAUAGAAAAUAUCUCAGGAGGCAAGCUAGACGUGAAAUGUCGGAGGCCUUGUCUGAAAAAGAUGGUCAGCAAGAUGCUGUGGAGAAUAUAGAAAGUGAUAACCUUGAAAACAGGACAUGCCCUGAUCAGCUGACAGUUAAAAGUUCUGACGAGACACAUGUUGUAAUUGCAAAUUUAGAGGAAACAGAAGUCUCAGAAGGGCAGAACAGUAUUGAAGAUCUUUCCACAAUUUUAAAUGAAAUGAGGCUGGAAGAAGAUUCAUUGAAAGCAAUUCAAGAAGGAAAGGAGCAAAGUAAUUCUUGUGCAGGUCUUGAGCCUAACUGUUCUGCAGGGGAGGAGGAUAUGUCUGAUAGUAAUGGAAAUAUAGGUGUUGAAGAAGAUGACAUUGAAAAUGUCAAUGAAGAAUUGGAACAUUUGGAGAUCUCAAGCCAGACCAAUGAAAGUUUUGAUGCAUCGUGUGUUGGUGAUAACAGUAGUGAGCAGAGCUGGACAUUGAGAUCCUUGUCCGAAUCAACUGUAGCUUGUGUAACGAGUGAUUUUGCAAUGCAAAAUGUACUUCUGCAGAUGGGUUUACGCUUGCUGGCACCCGGAGGAAUGCAGAUCCGCCAGCUGCACAGGUGGAUACUGAAAUGCCAUGCCUGCUUCAAGGUGACCCCAGAAAUUGGUAGGAUCUUUUGCCCCAGUUGUGGGAAUGGUGGCACCCUACGGAAGGUAGCUGUCACAGUUGGUGAAAAUGGCAUAGUUCUUUCCGCUCGUCGGCCACGUAUUUCCUUGCGUGGCACAAAAUUCUCACUGCCUUUACCCCAAGGUGGAAGAGAUGCCAUUACUAAGAACCCUAUUUUACGAGAAGAUCAGCUUCCACACAAGGUCCUGUACCCAAAGAGAAAGAAGAAGAGUAAACAGGGAGAGGACGACAUCUAUGCAUUGGAUUACAUCUUUCGCCACCAUACCGAUAAGAGAGCACCCCUGCAGCCUCCUGUGAGGAAAGCAUUAGCAGUUUUCAGUGGAAAGAGGAAUCCUAAUGACAACCAUUUCUCUCGCCCCAAGUGUUAGAUAUUGUUUUAAACUCAAAUUUUGUUAUCUGUGUUUGGCUUUAUAUAUUUUGGUUCUUGAUAAUAUGAGCUGCAUUAGAAAGUUGAGCAAUGUAUGCUAUAAUGAUAUCUUCUGAGGCUGAGCUAAAUUUUGGAUUAUUUGUUAUCUACACUAAUUUUGGAGGGAAGUGUGUAUUGUUUGUGUUUUUUUU